AGAACAACACACGCUGCUGUCUAAAUCUAUUUUUUUAAUGUCUUGCAAGGAGAUUCUUUACGGUUCUCAUCAUUUUUAUCCAGGAUUCUCUUUUUCUCUUUGGUCUGCUGGCCGGGCCCCCCCCCCCCCCUCCAUUUAGCGCAUGCGCAUCAUCUUCUUCUUCACACAACAGCAUAAAGUAAGUGGCCUGUUUUGUUUACCGUCAUUCCCUAUGUGAUGCUUUUGCUGCAGGGAUUCAACACUUCUACUGUCAGUGAUAUUCAGUAGCAAGUGUUUCAUUGCCAGAAGUUUUGCAACUGAAGAGAUGACAGCCAUGAACACACUAUGAAAAAAAUGAAAUAUAUUUCAUCAACUUUAGAAACCGUAGUCUUAGGAUCCAAUUUAAAAUUUUACCUACCUAUUCGCAACUAAAACUAAUGACUUGAGAAUUUAUUAUUAAAUUUACAAAGUUAUGUAACAUUAGUGAAAAAAUAGCUUUUAUUAUUUACGUUAUACAGCAUGAGUACUAUGUUUCGUUAAUCGCGUCAUGAGUAAAGUCAAGUCAGAUAAUAAUAACGAAACAGUAUCGUAUUCACCAGUAUCUGUACCAUCGAUUCUUCCAUUGGGAUCUUCAUCCCCUCCUCCGACAAAUUCUUCCAAUUCUGGAAUACCAAGAUCUCCAAGCCACGAAUCUUUUGCGACAGAUUUAUCACUCAUGUCUUUGUCAAGUCUUGGAUCUGAAAUAGGCCGAUUGCGUAGCAGUAUGUUUCGGCAAAAGAACCAUUCAUCUGCUGAUAGUGCUGAUUCUGGAGAAGAUCGUCGGAGCCCAAUUAUUAUGGAUGGUGGUGUGGGUAAUUGGGUAGCAAGGAAAACAAAACUUACUCGUGGGAACAAUGCUAGUCUUCUUCAGGUACCUUCAGAGCAGUAUGGAACAAAAAGAGGAGUAGCAGAUGAUGUAUUAUAUGAAGAAGAAAACGAAGUAAUUCGCAAUUGUGGGGCUUUGUCUUCCAUGCUAGGUUUGAUGCGAAGUUUUAGUACAAGUGAUUUAGAUCAAAAUGUAGUUAUAGGAGGUGAAAAAGAAAAUUUAAGGUCGUCCGUAUCUGAAAUGGUUCUGAAUAGUUGGAAACAUUAUGAUAUGUCUUAUGGAAGGCUGGAGUAUACAUCUCGUUCUUGUUCAACCUGGGUAGCAGUUGGCGAUAUGUCAACAACCUCUCAACUUCCAUCACCUCAAACCCUCGCAGGCUAUGCCACUGAACACCCUGAGAUGACGGCCAUAGAUUUCGUCCGUGCCAUCAAUAAAAAGGUCCGCCAGAUGUAUAUUCGAAGGCGUCUUGAGUCCACUUACAAAGCUUUAGAGCGUUUAACCCGUAGUGAACUUAGUUUGGAUCUGCCAUCGAUAGCAGUUCCUGUUCCAACCUCUUCAACUAGUGGAGUUCCAGGGGAUGAUUCGUCCAAUUUAGCUACAUCGGGUGCCCCAAAUAUUCCUUUACCACAAUUCCAUAUUUCUACUGAACUUGGUCGUUCUAUUAGACAUGAAUUGCAAAUUUCGGCUGUGGGGUUCCAUGGAGCUAAUAAAACACUCAGCUUAACAGUGAAAGACAUUGAACGUGAUAAAGGCAAACCUCUGUCAAAAUAUGAAAGAAAUAUGAUGAUUUUUAAUUGGUUGCAGAGCUUGGAUGAAAAUGCUUUUGAUCAGCUAUCAUGAAUUUCAGUUUGCAUUUGAUUUCAGUAACUCCAUUUCAGUAUUUAAUGCCGUUUCAGCUCAAAUAUGUGAGAUGUAAACUUUAAAAUCAAAAUCAGUUGAAUAUAGCUGCUACUGCAGACAUAAAUAAUUGCUUUAAAACAACUUUUCUGGUGACUUCUAAGCGAUUUGAUUUUGUUGUUUCUUUUUAUCAGAAAAUUGUUAAUA